AUAAAAGGGAACUGGUCAACGGCCAACGAUUCCCGCGUGGCCGAGUUUAAUCCUCUUGAGUGUCGCAGAGAGGGAGAGAGACCCACAUUGUCAUCCGUUGCCUUCGGCUCUCCUGAAUCCUCUCCUGCAUGUCACUUGGUCUACGUACAGGUCUCCUUGGCCUCAGCGACAAGCCCUCUCUUUCCUCUAUCUGCUUAUUUUUCUCAUUUUAAUACUUUCCCAGCCCUUUCAUCCAGUUCUAGGUCGUCUCGCGAUAUAUUCUAUAUUCUAUUAGGGGUCAGAGUCUCACUCGGUAUUUUCAGGUAUGUUUUUUACCCGACUGCCAGUCUUGCCGCUUGCCCCAUACUUUCUGUGCAGUUUAAUUUAUUUCCUCCUACUAUCAUUUACCCCUUAUCCAUCAUUGUAAUAGCUUCUUUUAUUUAUCGUAUUCGCGUUAACUCGAGAUAAAUUUCUCUGCAAUGUAUUAACCUCGGCAGGCUGCUACCUGGGCAGUUCAGCACUCGUCUGCCUACUCUCGACUCUCAACCACAACCACUCAUUGCUUUCGGCCGUCGGCCUCCAAGGACCCUUACCACAGUGUCCGUAUUACCAUGGCUAGGCAUCACUCGCUUGACUCUGAGAGACCGAUCAUGGCCCCUUCUAACCGAACGUCGAAAAGAUUUUCGGCCGUAAGCGGAAACCCUUCGAUUGCUUCGUCAGGCACCAUUGGAAGCCUACCAAGCGGUGAUCCUCGCUUGGCCGAAUUCCAUCACUUGCGCGACGGGCUGGAGCGCCUGGAGAACAAACCUCUCCAGAAGCAACGCUUUGUCCCUACUCCCGAAAAAAGCGAUAACUUGAGCAAGCUGGCCCUGAGUGCGAAGGUGGAACGAGCUCUUGACCGGAGAAUGACUGGUCAGGAUGCUGUCAUGCGCAAGCCAGUUUUGAACGAGAAGGCCGCUGUUGAGUCUACGAACUCGUAGACGAUUUGUGGUCUAUCUGAUAAGUUUCGUAUAGAGAGGCCUUGAGUUGAUACUUAUUUGUGGUCCUUACUUCUUUUUAUUUUCUUUCGUUUUUUCCCUACAAGCACCUGUUUCCCUCUUGCCUAUAUUGCAUGUCCCACGGCUCUCUUUGGUGAACUUUGUGAAUGAAUUUCUGUGCCUACUAUACGUCUUCGUUGAUGAGAAGCUUGCCCUCUCAUGUCCAUCAUACCCCUCUUCCAAGCCAGUUAUGUAUUUCUGAUGUUGAUUUUUUUAACACCUAGUGUGACCUUCUGAUUGAGUUUUCGUCGCCGAUAAGUGUAACUACUUUCUUAGAAGUGUCAAUAGACCUUAAUGCUCGACUAUAGUUCUUCGUUGGUAUGAGUCAGUGAUUGUUUCGAUAAAAGCAGUUUCAGCAAGCCUCAGUGGACGGUUGCAAGUUCCGAUCUGGUCCCUUAAGAGUCCCAUACAGUUGAACGUAGGAGCUACUUUGUAUUGGCUGCUAUACUGACGGGUGAUUCACUCAGUAUUCGGUGAUGUAAACGAAAUGUCCCGAUGGAGAUCUACUCGCGAGUUAGGCAGGCGGUAAGGGAAGGAAAUGGGGCGCUAAGAGGCGCCGCACUGCAACCGACCUUUCAAGUCCAAGUCAACUCAUUUUGCAAACUGCUAAGCAU